CAGUGGGCCGGUGCAUGGAGUGAAACAAUGAGCUGUGCUAGAGGGAGGGUCGGUGUGUGUUUGUGCUAGCAGUGUGCCUUAUGGACAGAGGGGGCUUGAGUGACUGUUGACUAGCCGGCUAUUAGGUGGGGGAACAGUAAGAACACAGACAGAACACAGUGCUUGUUGGAUCCAGUGUUUGUUGUGGAAGCUAUACUCUCAGACCAGGAGGUUCUGGAUGCCGGUGGGUUGAAGGAGCAAGAUGUCUAAGAUGAAGUUGUGGCUGGGCUUUCCCCUUCUUCUGGCUCUCAGCGCGGGUCGUCUGGAUGCUUGGUUCUGGAACAAUGACCCUGAUCCUACUACCCAAGCCCCAACGAAGGCUCCGCUGCUGGGCAAGGCAGGGGCAGGAGGACAGCCCAAGAGAGGUGAGGAGAACCUGGCAGGGGUUGGGGCAGAAAUCAUCAACGUGGCUGAUGGGAUCCGUAAGUUUGUGCAGACGUGGGAUGCGACCCCAACCACUUGGACUGACGGAGGAGUGGCAAGCCCUACCACACAGACGGUUAAUAAGGAGGAGUCUGGGGAAGGAUCUGGGUCUGGGUCUGUGGAAGGAUCUGGGUCUGAGACGGGUUCAGGGUCAGGGUCGGGUUCAGCAUCUGGUGUAGGGUCUGGGUUUGGAUCGGGGGCUGAGUCUGGUGUAGGUUCAGGGACCAGAUCGGGGUCGGGUUCAGGGUCAGGGCUUAGAGAAAGCGAAAGCUCGGUUAUCCCCACUAACCUAACAGGGGUGGUGGAGGAUGACCUCACAGGGGUUGAGGGGGUGAAACAGGGCGAACUAAAGACCAACCUAUCUGACAUCACCUCUCAUGACCACAAUGGAACCUGCCACCUCGUGCCCUCUGAUUGGCCGAUCUGCAUAUCCAGGGGGUCGAAGCAUUUCUCGCUGCCCAACUUCCUGAACCACACCUCUGUGGAGGAGGUGGGCAUAGUCCUGAGAGAGUGGGCAUGGCUGGCCAAGGCGGGGUGCCACCAUGGAGCCGAAUGGUUCCUCUGUCUCCUCCUGGUGCCCAGGUGCCCACUGCCUGGUCAGGUGCCCACCAAGGUUCCCCUUCUGCCCUGCUGCAGCUUCUGCCAUGUCCUGCAAGACAGCUGCUGGCCAGCCCUGGAUGAUGGGCAACUUCCUGUAGAGUGUAAUAUGCUGCCCGACAGGGAUCAGGAGGCGGGCUUGCGGUGUCCGUCGUGUGUGUCAGUUAGUAAUCGGAAAGCGGAGAGUGGUGUGACUCUACUGCAGCUGAUCGGAGACCUGCCUCCUGAUGAGUCCCGGACCGGUCCAGGGGGAAAACCUGCCUACUACUUCGGAGGGCUGGAUGGGCUGACCGCUGCGGGACAGCCGGCCCUGGCCCACCUCCCCAACCCCUUCUACCGAGACUUCUCCCUGGUCUUCCAAAUCAUCCCCUCCAGUCCCGGGGUCCUCUUCUCCAUCACAGACGCCUCCCAGAAGUUCAUGUACGUGGGGGUGAAGCUGAGCGCCCCGGACGCUGACGGCAGGAAUCAGAGGAUUCUGUUCUACUACACAGAGCCCGACUCGGAGGCCUCGUACCUAGCUGCUAGUUUCACCGUGCCCUCCCUGGACCUAGACUCCUGGACCAAGUUCUCUCUGUCCGUGUUCAACGACCAGGUGACCUUCUUCAUGGGGUGCGACGCCUCUGGGAAGACAGUGAAGUUGGAGCGCUCACCGGAUGACAUGGAGCUGGACAGGGGGGCGGGCAUCUUCGUGGGUCAGGCGGGAGGGGCGGACCCUGACAGGUUUGAGGGGGCGAUCACUGAGCUGAAAGUGGUGGGCAACCCUCGAUCAGCUGAGCUACUCUGUGAAGACGAUGAUGACUCGGACGCUGCCUCAGGUGACUUUGGCAGUGGGGAUGGGGACAGAAGAGAGACAGGCCAAACUGUAAAGGUAUCUUCUUUAUCCUACCACCCUCCAACUCUCCGACCGGUGCCAGAGCCCCCUCUGACGUCAUCAGUGAGCGACAGGCUCUCAGAGACAGGUGACAGGAAUCAUCAGACCUCAGUAGAGUCCAGACCAGGGUCAGGAGGUCAACCAGGCUCUACUGGCUCUAACGGGGAGAAGGGGGACAGAGGGGAGAAGGGCAGUCCAGGGGACAGAGGUCCCGCUGGGCCAAAGGGGGACUCGGGGUCUCUCUCCAGCUCUGCCUCUUCCUCUGGCUCCUCAUCAGGCGGAGGAGAACGUGGAGAAAAGGGAGACAAGGGCCUGAAGGGCAGUUCUGGGUUCGGUUACCCAGGCUCCAAGGGGGACCGUGGCGUACCUGGUCCCCCUGGCCCUCCCGGCCCUACGGGGCCCGCUGCCCAGGUGGUGAGGCUAGGGGACGGCUCUGUGGUGCAGCCGGUGGCCGGGCCAAUGGGACCGAUGGGGCCCCCAGGGGUCAAAGGACCAGCAGGACCCCAGGGACCAGAGGGAGAGGCGGGGGAUCCAGGAGAAGAUGGCAAAUUAGGACCCGCCGGACCCAGAGGGUUCCCAGGAACACAAGGAAACUCAGGGGUCAAAGGACAAAAGGGGGAUCGUGGUGAUGGUCACCCAGGACCCAGGGGUCCUCCAGGACCACCUGGACCCCCAGGCCCAGGGACAGGUGACCGCGCGACAUUUGUGGAUAUGGAAGGCUCAGGAGGAUUCCCAGAUUUGGAGAAAAUGCAGACUCUCCGUGGUCUACCAGGUCCCCCCGGCCCUCCAGGUCCCCCUGGCCCCUCAGCCGGUGGUGUCAGCCCCCAUGGGUCAGGCUCUUUUGGGCCCCCUGGACCUCCCGGACAGGACGGGGCCCCUGGCCUACCAGGGCCCUCUGGUCCACCUGGUAGAGCUGGAACCCCAGGACCCAGUAGUGGAGAGAAGGGAGAAGCUGGUGAUCUAGGUCUUCCAGGGCCUAGUGGAGAGAAGGGUUCUCAGGGUGACCCUGGAGUGCCUGGUCAGGCAGGGCAGGGGGGCUUGGCCGGGCUUCCUGGGCCCAUGGGACCGAUUGGGCCACCAGGACCACCAGGACCCCCCGGACCUUCCUACCCCGUGCGUUAUGGUGACGGGCAGGGUUCUGGAGUGACGGUGUCCAAUGGUGUUCCUGGAGUGAUAGGUAUUCCAGGACCACAGGGUCCGCCCGGAAUCGCUGGCCUUCCCGGAAGAUCUGGUUUGCCUGGGCUAUCGGGAGAGAAGGGGAGCGAGGGAGCGAGAGGACGGGAUGGAACACCAGGGAUGGACGGAUUCCCAGGAAAAUUGGGAGACAAAGGGGAGCGAGGAGACAGAGGGGAAAGGGGUGAGCCAGGACGUGAAGGGGGACGCCCUGGACCUCCAGGAGCCCCUGGCCCACCGGGACAGAUCAUCUACCAGACCUCAGGCAGUUUUGAUGGGGUUCUUGGGGGUCAAGGACAGGGUGGACCAUCUCUGCCCGGCCGGGCAGGAUUCCCAGGGCCUAUGGGGCCAAAGGGAGAUACAGGAGAGCCUGGACAGCCAGGCUACGCAGCUAAGGGGGAGAAAGGAGAACCUGGUAUUACCAUUGGGCCUGAUGGAAGACCCUUGUACCUAGGAGGGCCGGGGUCUCUGCCGGGAGAUAAAGGACUCCCGGGACCUGUGGGACCUCCUGGUCCCUAUGGUCCAGCUGGUUUAAAGGGAGAUAUCGGCAUGCCAGGUAGACCGGGCCGUCCUGGGUUGAAUGGUGUCAAAGGAGAGAAGGGGGAUUCAGCUGGAGGAUAUGGAUACACAGGUCCUCCAGGACCACCCGGCCCACCCGGACCCCCCGGGCCAGCAGUACCUCUGGACAGGUUCAACACUCAGAGGUAUGAUGAUGUCUCACGGUUCUAUCCUGACUCCAAAGGAGAGAAAGGUGAUCGUGGAGUACCAGGAAUACCUGGGGUACCAGGUCUCACGUCAAACUUUGACAUCUACACCUUCAAGAACGAGAUGAAGGGAGAGAGAGGAGACUCUGGGAUGAAGGGGGAGAAGGGCGACCCAGCUGGAGGAUAUUAUGGCGGAGGUUACGGUGGACAGGGUGGUCAACCUGGACCUCCAGGACUUCCAGGGCCAAAGGGAGAGUCCAUCAUCGGUCCUUCAGGGCCCCAGGGCCCUCCAGGUCACCCAGGAAGAGGGUACGAAGGCAGGCAAGGGAACCCAGGCCCACCGGGGCCCCCCGGACCUCCAGGAUCAUCCUCCUCACCUGGAGCCUACAGGCCAUCACAGACCAUCAGCAUCCCUGGACCUCCGGGUCCUCCUGGCCCACCUGGGACUGAUGGACACUCCUCUGGGGUGAUGGUGCUGAGGUCAUAUGACACGAUGACAGCCACGGCCAGACGACAGGCAGAGGGGACGCUGGUGUAUCUGGUCGACCAAACAGACUUUUACAUCAGAGUACGAGAUGGCUUCCGGCAAAUCCAGCUUGGACCAUACAUAGCUUUACCCCCUGACCAGGGUAAUGAGGUGGCAGCUGUCGACCCUCCUCCAGUGGUCUACUACCAGCCCUUCAACACAGCCACAGGCCACUUCUCCGACAGUGGCACCUCCACAGAGCAACCCCCCAGACAGCUAGACCUCCAUCAGCCACAGCCUGAGGAACAACACCCUGUUUACCCCGACCCACGUUACCCGACUCACCCGGAUCCACGCUACCCAGCCCAGCCAGAUCCACGCUACCCAGCCCAACCGGAUCCACGCUACCCAGCCCAGCCGGAUCCACGCUACCCAGCCCAGCCGGAUCCACGCUACCCAGCCCAACCGGAUCCACGCUACCCAGCCCAGCCGGAUCCACGCUACCCCUCAAACUCAGACCCCAGAUACCCCUCACACACUGAUCCACGGUACCCCAGUUAUACAGACCGCCUGCACAACCCUGACCCUGUUCAGCCGGUCCAGCCCCAGCCCCAGCCAGCCCCCGUCCCACAGUACCCGGUUUACUCAGACACCCGUUACCCUGUAACCCCACAACGCAGACCCAGACCCCCUGAGACCCCCACCCACCAACACACGUCAGGCCCAAGCAUUCACCUGAUGGCCCUGAACGCCCCCCAGGGGGGUAACAUGCGGGGUAUCAGAGGGGCAGACUUCCUGUGCUUUAACCAGGCUCGGGCCAUAGGGCUGAAGGGAACCUUCCGGGCUUUCCUCUCCUCCAAGCUCCAGGACCUUUACAGCAUCGUCCGCAAGUCAGACAGGGAUAGCAUGCCCAUCGUCAACCUGAAGGACGAGGUCCUGUUUGACAAUUGGGAGGCCAUCUUCAGUGACUCAGAGGGCAGAGUGAAGGACAACGUACCCAUCUACUCCUUCGAUGGCAAAGACAUCCUCACAGACGGCACAUGGCCAGACAAGAUGAUGUGGCACGGUUCGACGAGCAGGGGGCACCGCCAGGUGGAUAACUACUGUGAGACGUGGCGUAUAGGGGAGCGGGCGCUGACGGGCAUGGCCUCCUCUCUACAGGGGGGCCAGCUCCUCCAACAGAGCACCAGCAGCUGCCACAGCUCCUACGCCGUGCUCUGCAUCGAGAACAGCUACAUCGGACAGUUCAAGAGAUAGGAGGGACCAACCAAACACACACACACACUUCAACCAGAUCAAGAGAUAAGCCUAAAUGAAACACACACACAAACACAUCAGCCAAUCCAGGAGGUAGGCCUAACAAACCGUACGUACACACACACACACACAAUGGUGCUUUGUUUGUAACAGCUACGUUCCCCUUCUCCAUUACACUCAGUCCAGCUGGCCAAAUAGGACCACAUGUCCAUAAUAUGGGGUUGAUCAAGAACAGCCACAACCAGGCCAAGAGAUGGACCAUACCCCCCCAAGCCCCAAUCCACCCCCCUUUAUACACUGAUCGCAGCUGACCAAACAGCCCACCCCAACCCCUUGCACAUAGGUCUAAAUCACUGUUCUGUAAACACCUCAACACUGUGGUUUUCAGUUGAGUUUGGACUCAUUCCUCCCUCUGUGUUACAUUCCACUUUUCCUUUAACUGUCCACUUCAGAAAUCUCUUCAUAAAGCCAUGUUCAUUGAGGGUUAGAGGACAGACUUUAUCACAAUGGUUAUGUUUAGUUUUUUUACCUGUCAGUUGUGGUCUUACCCUCAAGCAUAAUACCUGUAUUGUAGAAAGUCUAUAGCCUUUUAAGUUUGCCCUAGAAUUAAACCACACCCAUGGAUUAAAUAGGACACUAAUUCUAUGCUCUCUAUGAUUCCAACAAGCUAAUUGUUGCAGUAUUGUACAUGAAAUGUAUGUUUGUCUAUUAUUCAAUGUUGUAAUUUUUUAUUCACUUUUUUAAAAUUGCAUUGUAAUCUGUACAUGUAACCAGUUUUUGAAGCACUAUCUAUAUAUAACAUUGUCGUAAAUGUUGGAUUGUUUUAUUUUGUUAUCGGACAUCCAAGGGAACAGGAUAUUUCAAAUGUUUUGAUAAUAACAAAGGAGUAUUUAUUUUGUGAUUUAAAAAAAAGUCAAAGUAGUUUUAACAUGCCCACUUUUCAGUAAAGGACUCCAUGGACCUGUUUAGAUCUAUGAAGAGAUAAGGUAAGAACCAUGACAUUGUGUAUCAGAAAAUUAAAUUAGUAUGCAAAACAAAAACACAUCCUUUUGCAUUUCAAAAUCCUCAAAAGUGCUCUUAAGUGUCUAUGGACUGUAGUUACAGUUGACAAGAUGCACUCUGAUAGAAAUCAAGUAGGCUUUUAUCCCAAAUCCAAAGACAAAAGCAUUGCAUCUCACUGAAUGAACCGGUGUAUGACCCUGGGGAGGAGUCUCCUUAGGCCACGUCAUUUAUCUUGUCAUCAACGUUUAUUGCAAACAAACACACAAAUGCUACACUAUGUUUUCAAAACUGAUUUAUUUGUAAAUAAAAAAUAAAACUGUUGA